AUGGCAUUACAGAGAUUAAGAAACACAGAAAAGAAAAUAGAGAAAGAUCCAGUUGUGAAAGAAGCAUAUGAAACCACACUACAGACCUAUCUAAAUAAAGGUUAUAUAACGGAAGUUAACCCGAAUGAAAAUUUCAAUGACAUACCAAUUCGGUAUGAAUUCAAAACACUGGUGUUUGGAGUUAAUGCAUCACCAUUUCUAGCCCAAUAUGUUUCUAGACAUAAUGCUGAAUUACAUAAAGAAGAAUAUCCACGUGCUGCAGAAACGGUCUUUAGUUCAACAUACAUGGAUGAUAGUAUGGAUUCUGUGUCUACCGUAGAAGAAGAGUCGGAUAACUAUACAACAUUGACAAAGAGAACAAUUCUAAGAAAAAUAGCGACUAUAUUUGAUCCACAUGGUUUUGUUGCACCAUAUAUCGUGCGAGCAAAGAUUCUAAUGCAGGAAUUAUGGUUAGCGGGAUUAAAUUGGGAUGAAAUUGUUCCAAAUGAAAUGAAUAAAACAUUUUUGAGGUGGUUAUCUGAAUUGAAAGAACUUAAACAAAUCAAAAUACCAAGAUGUAUAAGACAUGAAAGCUAUGUUCAGCUAAAAAGAGUAACAUUACAUGCAUUCGGUGAUGCAUCAGAAAAAGCUUACGGUUCAGUAGUGUAUGCUCGCUGUGAAGAUUCUGACAAUAACAUUUCGGUUAGACUCGUUGCAGCAAAAAGUAGAGUAGCGCUGGUGAAGACGAUAAGUAUUCCUAGAUUAGAGCUUUUGGCAGCUGUUCUGUGCUUGAUACUUACAUUGUCAAUUUGUGCUGCACUGAACAUUUGUAUUAACAAUUGCACAUUUUGGACAGAUAGUAUGAAUGUUUUACAUUGGAUACGAAAUAGAAGCACAAUUUUCAAACCAUUUGUUGCUAAUAGAAUCGGAGAGAUUCAGUAUCAUUCAAAUCCUAUACAAUGGCGACAUGUACAAGGAAAACAAAAUCCGGCUGACAUUUUAAGUAGAGGAUGUUCAAUAUCUUAUUUAGAAACGAACGAAUUGUGGUGGAACGCACCUGAAUUUCUGAAGAAAAAUGAAUGCGAAUGGCCAAAAAGUAAAGUUGAAUUUUCACAUGAGAACAGUGAAAUAAAAAAGUCAAAAAAAAAAAUGCAGUUUGAAGUACAAACAAUGCACACACAGAGCGCAGAUGUACAAACAUACAAUAAAGAAUGGCGGCUUGAUCCGAAACGAUAUUCCAGUUGGACAAAAUUAGUACGGGUAUAUGCUUGGGUUAUGCGUUUCGUGGAAAAUUGUAAACGUACAAAAACAGCAAGAAUUGAAGGACAACUGGGUGCGAAUGAAAUACAUGAUGCAGAGGUAAAAUUAAUAAUAAAAGCUCAAAGGUCUCAUUAUAAGGAAGAAUUUACAUGUUUAUUUAAGCAAAAAGAACUACCAAAAGAUAGCAAAUUGAUAAAAUUGAAUCCAAAAAUUGACGGUGAAGGAGUAAUCAGAAGUGAUGGACGCUUAAAAUAUGCUGAAAUGUUAUCGUAUGGCUGUCGAUAUCCAGUGAUACUACCUCGACAUGAUUGGAUUACUGAACUAAUUGUUCGUCACUUUCAUGAAGAUUCAGGACAUAGUGGUACAAACUACACACUUUCCGUGUUAUCAACAUCUGCAAGGGAGGUAAUUCGUGCUGUAGAAAACAAAUGUACAAAGUGUAAACUUCGCAAAGCAAGACCAAAAGAACAGAUUAUGGCGCCACUUCCAAAUAUCCGUCACAAUAUGCCAUUAAGAGCAUUUGUUCAUGUAGCAGUAGAUUAUGCGGGACCAUUUGUAACUGUUCAAGGCCGUGGAAAACGUCGAGAAAAAAGAUACCUUUGUUUAUUCACUUGUUUGAGUACAAGAGCUGUACACUUAGAGAUUGCAUUUGGAAUGGAUGUAGAUUCUUUUCUUAAUGCGUUUUACCGGAUGGUUAGUCGUCGGGGAUUACCAAAAACUAUGUUAUCAGACAAUGGAUCAAAUUUUGUUCGUGCUGACAAAGAAUUAAAACAGUUAUUGCAGUGUCUUGAUCAGGAUAAAAUUAUAGAAAACACAGCAAAUAAAGGAAUACAGUGGCAAUUUAUUCCACCCUUUGCUCCUCAUUGGGGAGGUGUACACGAAAUAAUGAUCAAAAGUGCUAAACGUGCAACAUAA